AUGACCACUGCUCGCUUGGUCCUUCGACCCAUCCAACAAUCAGAUCUAGAAGACUUCCAUGUCCUUCGCACAGAGAUUGAAGUAAUGAAGUGGACUUCGACCGGGAAAGUCGACACUGAUAAGGAGGCCACACAAGUAUGGAUGAACAGAUAUCUUCCGCCAAACGAUGCCACCACUUUCAACUUUGCCAUUGAGGAGCGGGCGGGCCCCGGCAAGGCAAUCGGUGUGUUGGGCUGUCAUAUCUCGGAACCACCCGAGUGUGGUUAUAUGUUGCGCACAGAGUUCUGGGGUCAAGGGUAUGCUACAGAAGCACUUCAGCGAUGGCUUCAAGCUUGGUGGGAGUUGCCUCGAAAAGAAGUGAUGAUCGAGGGGGAAGACGUGGGAUCGAGGUCCGAUGAUAGGGUUGCAACGGUGCCCGAAGUCCUCAGAGCAAAUAUAGAUGGCAGAAACGUUGCAAGUGCCAAAAUCUUGGCUAAAUGUGGGUUUCACCUAGUCUCGGAGGAGCUGAUUGAAGAGGAUGGAAUGGCCACCAAAUUGAUCACUUUCGAACUCGCUCGGCCAGAAUAG